GUCACUGACCAGGAGAUGGCUCCCACAGAGCUUGCUCCCACAGAACUUGCUCCCGGGAGCGGUGUGCCACACCCUGUUUAUGGUUCUUUGAUUCUUUGGCUCUUUUGGGUGUUUCUGUAUCUGGGAUCUGCAGGUUCUGCACAGAGGCAUCUGCAUGGGCGCUGUGGCGGGUGGGCUCUGACCACAUGCUCCUCUCGCUUGCACAGGUGGCCCAGAGCAUCGAGGACCACCAUCAGGAAGUGAUCGGUUUCUGCAGAGAAAACGGCUUCCACGGCUUGGUCGCCUACGACUCCGACUACGCGCUGUGCAACAUCCCUUACUACUUCAGUGCCCACGCCCUCAAACUGAGCCGGAAUGGGAAAAGUCUCACCACGAGCCAGUAUCUGAUGCACGAGGUCGCCAAGCAGCUGGACCUGAACCCAAACCGCUUCCCUAUCUUUGCUGCUCUGUUAGGGAAUCACAUCCUGCCCGACGAAGACCUGGCCUCCUUCCACUGGAGCUUACUGGGCCCAGAGCAUCCACUAGCCUCGCUGAAGGUCCGGGCCCACCAGCUAGUCCUGCCGCCAUGUGAUGUGGUGAUCAAGGCUGUGGCCGACUACGUCCGCAACAUCCAGGACCCGUCAGACUUGGAUGCCGUAGCUAAAGAUGUGUUCCAGCAUUCUCAGUCUAGAACAGAUGACAAAGUUAUUCGAUUUAAGAGAGCAAUUGGAUAUUACUCAGCGACUAGUAAGCCUAUGGCAUUUCACCCAGCACAUUACUUAGCCAGACCAAAUCCGUUUGGAAUGCCUGGGAUCGUGCCACCGUACGUCCCCCCCCAGAUGCUCAACAUUCCGCAGACCCCUCUGCAAGCAAAGCCUGUGGCUCCACAGGUGCCCAGCCCAAGUGCUGCAGGCCAGGGUCCACACCCGUACAGCCUUGCUGAGCCGGCCCUUGCUUUGGAAACUAGUGGAAAGAGUCUGACUGAGCACAGCACCUACAGCAACAUUCCUCACGAAGGAAAGCAUACCCCGCUGUAUGAACGGUCGUCCCCGAUUCACCCAGCUCCGGGCGGCAGCCCCAACCACGUGGACUCAGCGUACUUUCCAGGGUCUUCUACGCCGUCGUCUUCCGACAACGAUGAAGGUGGUGGAGCAGCUGCAAACCAUAUCAGUGGGAACAAAAUUGGCUGGGAGAAGACGGGAAGCCACUCAGAGCCGCAAGCACGGGGAGACCCAGGAGACCAAACAAAGACGGAAGGCUCAUCCACUGCCUCCUCGGGCAGCCAGCUCGCUGAAGGAAAGGGGAGCCAGAUGGGCACUGUGCAGCCGAUCCCGUGCCUCCUGUCCAUGCCCACCCGCAACCACAUGGACAUCACCACACCGCCCUUGCCCCCGGUGGCGCCCGAGGUACUGAGAGUGGCAGAGCAUCGGCACAAGAAGGGGCUGAUGUACCCCUACAUCUUCCACGUCCUGACGAAGGGUGAAAUCAAAAUUGCUGUUUCUAUUGAAGAUGAAGCCAGCAAAGACCUGCCUCCCGCCGCCCUGCUCUAUAGGCCAGUUCGCCAGUAUGUUUACGGAGUGCUGUUUAGCUUGGCAGAAAGCAGAAAGAAAACUGAGAGACUUGCUUUUAGAAAGAACAGACUUCCACCAGAAUUUCCGCCUGUGAUCAUUAAAGAGUGGGCAGCUUACAAGGGGAAAUCUCCACAGACGCCAGAGCUGGUGGAAGCGCUUGCCUUCAGGGAGUGGACCUGCCCCAACUUGAAACGGCUGUGGCUGGGGAAGGCGGUGGAAGACAAGAACCGCAGGAUGAGGGCCUUCCUGGCCUGUAUGAGGUCAGACACGCCCGCCAUGCUCAACCCGGCCAGCGUGCCCACCCACCUCACGGUGCUGUGCUGCGUCCUACGGUAUAUGGUGCAGUGGCCUGGAGCACGGAUCCUGCGUCGCCAGGAGCUGGACGCCUUCCUGGCUCAGGCGCUGUCCCCCAAACUCUAUGAGCCUGACCAGCUGCAGGAGCUCAAGAUUGAGAACCUCGACCCCCGAGGCAUUCAGCUAUCAGCUCUCUUCAUGAGUGGUGUGGACAUGGCCCUGUUUGCGAAUGACGCUUGUGGCCAGCCGGUGCCCUGGGAGCACUGCUGCCCUUGGAUGUAUUUUGAUGGGAAGCUCUUCCAGUCCAAACUCCUCAAAGCAAGCCGGGAAAAGACCCCACUCAUCGACCUCUGUGAUGGUCAGGCUGAGCAAGCUGCCAAGGUGGAAAAGAUGCGGCAGAGCAUCCUGGAAGGGCUGAACCUCUCCCGGCAGAGCCACCCACUUCCCUUCCCGCCGCCCGCGGCGCUGCCUUUCUACCCUGCCUCCGUGUACCCCCGGCACUUCGGGCCCGUCCCCCCGGCUCAGGGCCGAGGGCGGGGCUUUGCAGGAGUCUGUGGCUUUGGAGGCCCCUAUGGGGAGACUGUAGCAACAGGCGCUUACCGUGCCUUCCGAGUGGCAACGGCAGCGGGACACUGCGGAGCCUUCUCCGGCGGUGACAGCAGCAGGACUAGCAAGUCGCAGGGUGGAAUCCAGCCAAUACCUUCUCAGGGAGGGAAGCUAGAAAUAGCUGGCACCGUGGUUGGCCACUGGGCUGGGAGCAGACGGGGCCGUGGGGGCCGUGGGCCUUUCCCCCUACAGGUAGUUUCUGUUGGAGGACCAGCAAGAGGGCGUCCAAGGGGAGUGAUUUCCACCCCGGUGAUCAGAACGUUUGGAAGAGGUGGACGGUACUAUGGCAGAGGCUAUAAAAACCAGGGUGUGAUUCAGGACUUCUGUUGAAUCUCUUCCUUUCCUCACACCGAAUCACUGUUUCUGGACUUUUCCUGUGAACAGAGCUACAGGAAGUACGUGUACUUGCAUGUAUCAUGCCCGCAGAUACGCCCACGCCGCCGUGCAUUCCGGUGUACCACGUGCACACAGACGCGCGCGUGUGUAUGCCGCUGCUUUUCUUCAGUGAAAUACCUCAAGAGUUUAUGUGGACUCUUCUAAUUCAAAUUUAAGACUUUGGAAAUUUGACCUAAACUUUACUGUUGGUAUCUAUGUGUCUUUUCUUCCACCCUGAGAAAACCCGGGCAUGAUUAAGUUAAGAGUGCCCCCGGACUUGUCAUUGGCUUUGUCCCAGCUGCACGCACAGUGGCUCAGUCCCCCAGCGCUCACGUCUCUGAUGGUAGUUGUGCUGUUACCGACCGCGUUGUCCCAGCACACAGUCUUGACCUGCUACCCCACUGCGGCCCCAUUUGCCCAGCUUCUGUGGAAGUGUGUCUGUCCGCCAGCGCUGUCCCUCGAGGCUCUCCUCAGCACACUUCACAGGGAGGGCCCAAUGGAAACGAGGGGACGUUUGAAAGCACUUUGCUUUCCUAACAAUCAAAAGUGGUGGUUCUUACCUCCCCUUCAGGUGUCUCAUGCACGUUCUGUCAUUUUCUUCUGUCAUAAAGCUUUACGUCAAAGACUAAUAAUAAAAGAAUUGUCUUUCCCUUGGAAGUCGUUUGUGGUUUUGGCCCAAACGCCCAAAUUGUUUGUUUCUCUGCCAAGGUUUGGUGAUGCUCCCCGCUGCUGGUCAUUCUGCGUUGGUGCUCUCAGCACACAACGUGCUCCUUCUAAACGCGUUUCAGAUCUUGUCUUACGUCAGAAAGUUUUUUUGGAUUGCUGGUUUUUCAUUUCUGUUGUUCUUCCUUCUUGGUUUUCAUCUCUGGCACUCCUGUUGAGCUUGUCCUGUGUCUGUUGUCAGUGUUUGGCAUGUUCUCCACUCCCUUGGGGUCUUCUUUUGAGAUAGAGCUUACCUGCUUCAGGUCGACAGUGCAGUCUGUUCUUACUGUCAUGCAGUGACCCUGCUACUUCCCGAACAUUCAUCUCCCCAAGAAGAAAGCCCUUACUCAGGAGCAGCCACCUCCCAGCCCCUGACAGCCACGAAUCUGCUUUCCGUGGCUGUGCUCUGUGUGCGUGUCAUGUAAGUGCUCCAUUGUGGCACGCACCAGCACGUCACUCCCUUUGUCGCUACGUGACGCUCCACCGUGGGGAUGGGGCACAUUUUGUGUAUCCGUUUAUCAGCUGAUGGACACGUAGGCUGUUUUCACUUUUUUGGCUGUUACGAGUAAGGCUGCUGUGAGCAUCUAGGUAUAGGUUCGGGUUCCCAGCUUUAUUGAGAUGUCAGCAGCAUAUAGCAUUGUAUUAGCCCCAGGUGUACAGCAUCACCAUUUGACACGCGUGUAUUGCAGAGUGAUCACCACAGUAAGUCUAGUCAGCCUGCAUCACCUCAAAUAGUUACAAAAAUGUAUUUUCUUGUGAUGAGAACUUUUGGUAUCUCUCUCAGCAGCUUUCAGAUACACACUGGAGUAUUGUUCACUACAGGCUUUGCCUUCAGGUGUUUGCGUGGACACAAGUCUCAUUCCUCUGGGGGUGAUUCCUGGGUCCUGUGGGCAUUCUGCAUUCAUGCACUUGAGGAAUGGCCAGACUCCCUUCCCGCUAGCCGUGCAGGAGGGUCUGGGUUUCUCCGUGCCCUUGGCAGCGCCACUUACUGUCCAUACUUGAGUUUAGCUGUCCGGCUGGGUAUCUCAUUGUGGUUUGAUUUACAUUUCCGAUUUUAAGCUUUUCUUCCUUUUUGCCAUCUUCAUGUAUUACGACGUUCACUUGCUGUUGUGUUUCCCUAGUUGGGUCUUUGUUUCUGUUUUGGACCUCCCCUCCGGGCUUUCUUGGUCUGCUCUGUGCUGCUCCUCUAGGUGCUGGAGCCAAGGCACGGUGGCCCGCAGCGGUUUCUUCCUUGGUUUUCUUAUGUUGCGCUCUAGCGGCUCCACCUCGAUGCUUCCUGUUGCUCGUUUUUAGGUGACCUUGGUGUUCUUGCCCCUUGAGAAGCACAGAUAAUGAAGGGCAGCUGGCCUGCAGAGCGUCUGUGGUCCGUCUGUCUUGUUGGUAUUGCAGCCGCCUGGGAGGGUCAAGUGUCGGGGGCGGAGGAAGCAGUGCUGCCCGUGGUCGGGGUGCCCUUCGGGGGCGGGGCUCGUAGUGGCCAAGGCUUAUGGGAAGACUUGGCUGUAGAAAGAGGGCACGCCUGUUUCUGAACGGGUGCAGUCAGCAUUCCCGCUCCCUCCACUGGCAUCAUCUGUACCUGCCCCCAUGGUCUCCAGACAGUGACUGUGGGGAGUCCCCAGUCAGCUGGCCCCUGCCGCUGGCCCUGACGACCCUGCUGCACGUUUAGUGGCAAGUGGGUUUUUCCCUCAGAGAGUGAGGGCUCAGAGGUUGGAAAUCUUUGAUGUUACCUUUUUCCCCGCUUUGCCCUCUUAUCUUUUUGUAUUAAUUAUCUUUCUCAAGGUUCCAACAAAACGACAGUAGUAUUGACUUGUGGAAAAGCUCACAUUCGUAUUUCUGAACUCUGGGAUUGAACACUAAAAUGAGAAGACCUGUGGGAAUGGAGCCCAGAGGGGUACCAACCCAGGAACUGCCAGCAUGCAAGAGGGCGUGCCAGAGGCGAGGGCGACGGGCACCUCCAGCCCCACUUGGCUGAGCAGGGAGGGCCUUUAUUUUCAACCAGGCAGACACCCUGGUUUUCAGAGUAGGGAAGACUGGAGACCAGACACACUGCCGUCUGGGGUUGAAAGGGAAGGAAUGCAGAGCUGGGAGAUCUGUAGGCGGCUUUCGGGUUCUGGGUCCCAGAUUCUUCACUGAAAAACGACCAUCUGAAGGCAAAGACCAUGAAGGUUUUCUUCGGCAGUGUGUCUGCCUCUGACAGUAGUUCUCAGCCCUAGUGAUGUCGCCCCCUAAGGGCCACUGGCUUUUUUGGGGGACACUGUUGAUCACCACAGCUCAGCCUGCAAGCGCUUCUGCCUUCUAAUGGGCGGAGGCCAGCGAUGCCCACCACUCUGUAGCACACAAGACAGCCCAUGGCAGAAUGAUCAGGUCCAAAAGGUCACGGUGCCAGGCUGAGAAACCCAUGGUAAAAGAUGUAAGCACCUGGACGAUCUCGAGCUGUCUUCCUUGUCUUUCAGGACAUGAGCUGAAUCACUCUAAAAGUUCAUAUUUUUCCAGAAUUACUUUUAAAUCUGUUAAGAGGAGCAGAGAGACCCGUUCAGAAGAGAUAAGUCACAAACAUAUGUGGCGAUUAUCAGCUUAGACUUAUUUCUUGUUGAGUUGUCCAGAGAGGACUUAGGUUUGCCUCCAUUUGCCAGUAGAAAUGGGCCUCCCACAGACUGUGACAGGCGGAUGUGUUAGUUGCUGAACAUUGGGGGAGUCGUAGUCUGAAAUUUCAGAGAGGAUUUAUUGAGGGGCGGUGUUAAGGUAGAACUGGUACUAUCCAGAAGGAUUAGGUAGAGUUCAAGUGGGGCUCUCCUGCAUGGCCAGGGUAUCAACUACAGAGAAGUGGAGGGAAGGGGUCCCAGGACGAACCUGCUGGGACAAGCUUCUGCCAGUGGCGGGUCAGUCAGAAACAAGACAGAGUGCAUUAGAGUGUAGACUGUAGAGGCCACAGACCAGAGAGAGUAUGGAGUAUAGACAGUACAGACUGUAGAGAGUGUGCAGAGCAUGCAGACCACGUGAGGUACAGACCAGAGUACGUAGGUGUGUAGAGCAGACACUCUGCGGGUGUUAGGGUACAUAGAGCAUACAGACUAUAAAUCUACACAGUGUAUGGACUGUGUGCACAGACUGCGGAGAACACAGACUGGAGUGUAUGGGGAGGAGAGUGCAGAGAGUGCGCAGGUGCACAGGGGGUAUAAGGAGUAGGGCUGUCCAGCCCCCAGAGCAUAAAGGGCAGAGAGCACGCACCGUGAAGAGCACGCCCGUGCUGUGCAUUCCACUGUUGAAUCUGGAGCAAGCAGUAUCAGGCCUUGGUAGGCAUUCCUUCUCUCCCACUGUUUAUCAAAGCUGCUUUAUUGCUUGUUGUCCUUGAUUCU